UCGCGAAAUAUGCCGAUAAUGAAAUCAACUAUCAAAACCUGAAAGAAAUUCUAUAAAAUAACCUUAUUAUUGAUGUAAUUCAUAAUUUGAGAAAAAAUUAUAAUAAUGAAAGAAUAUCCUCGUUUUACGUCAGCACUGCGGGCGAAUACCGAUUUGGAAGCUAAACUGCCUCAAUCGGCUCAAUCAGAUCCACGAAAAAUACAUCAAGAUGAAAUCGCACAGCGACAAACUUUGACGAAAAUAUUGGAGCAGUUUCCAUUAGAAAAGCAGGAACAAGCAAAAGUAAAUCUCCUAAAGUUAAGAAGUAUAGUUCAAGAAUGCAUGGGCUUCGAAGAACAACCACAAGUAGUGGAGCACGCUACACUCUUCCUGUUCUGGCUGCUAUUAGAUCAGCGCGUAGUGACGGUAGCGUCGAAAAUGCGUGUACGCAGCAUGUUCGGCAGUAUAUUCGAAAAAAAGUUUACAAAAAUGCAGGAAUGUGUAGCUGAUAUACGGGAACUCAUCGAAGACUAUCAAAUUGAAGCUUUAAAGAAUUGGAAUCGAAAAACAAAUCGCGAUGCACUAGAUAAGAAAAGCUGGGGUACAAAUAUCCGCAUACGUUUGAAAGGACCCCCUCUUGUUGAUUUACAACAAUUGCAAGAUCUUGCGCCUAACGCACAAAUGCACAAAAAUGCGGCUGUUAAUUUCAGUAUGCAAUGGAAUCAAGAUAGCGAAACACAAAAAACUGAAGAAGAGGAAAACGAAUUAUCGCAAUUGUUGGAAAUAUCAAUAGCUUCCGGUGAUCCAAAAAUCAUAGCAAAAGUAAGCGAACAAUUAAAUUCUAAACGCAGUAACAACGAAUUACAAAAUGAACUCAUCGAACUCCUGGGAUUCGAAAGAUUCGAUUUGGUGUUACAGUUACUAGAAAAACGUACCACAAUCGCUGCACAGUUGGAGCAAUAUGAAAAGCGGGAACAACGAUUGCAACUGAGCAAGUUAGCACAACAGCAGCGAAAUACAGGCAACGCUGAAAUGCGUCCCACAGUUGCGAAAACUGUAGUUGUACAAUCUGCCUUAGAAAAAGAACUAAACAAGCAGAAUCGUCGUGAAGGGAAAAAGCUGCAACGCAUGUUGAACAGUAUGAAUCGAAACAAUGAAGAGGAUGAUGAAGCCACUGCUCGUGCCCUCAAUCCAACACAACUACGUCUGCAGCAACAGCGCAAAUUACUUGAAAAUGUGCAGCAACAGCCGAUUCUAAAGACAACACAGCGCUUGCAAGAAAUGCGUGCAGCAGCCAGCUACAACACUAACUUCAUACAGUAUCCAUAUGUGUUUGAUAGCCAAUUGAGUGCCAAACAACACGCAGGGUUCAUAGGUGGCAACCGCAUCAGUCUGCCGGACCAUGCACAGCGCAUAGAUAAUAAGCAGUAUGAAGAAGUACAAAUAGCAGCCAAUGAACCACCACCACUUAGUAUUGGUAAUAACCGAAUACAAAUUUCGGAAUUGGAUGAUAUUGGAAAAUUAGCAUUUGAAAAUUGCACCCAACUCAAUCGCAUACAAUCUGUGGUAUAUCCAGUGGCCUAUCAUACCAACGAGAAUAUGUUGGUGUGUGCGCCCACAGGCGCCGGUAAAACCAAUGUUGCUAUGCUUACCAUGGUCCAUACAAUACGUGCACAUCUGGAAGAAGGUGUCAUUAAUCGUGACCAGUUCAAAAUUGUCUAUAUAGCGCCGAUGAAAGCUUUAGCUGCUGAGAUGGUAGAUAAUUUUGGUAAACGGUUGAAGUCACUCAAUAUUGUAGUUAGAGAAUUGACUGGUGAUAUGCAGCUAUCCAAAACUGAAAUGACACAGACACAGGUACUAGUCACAACACCGGAAAAGUGGGAUGUGGUAACUAGAAAAGGCGCUGGUGAUGUAGCACUCAUUAGUUUAGUAAAAUUACUUAUCAUCGACGAAGUACACCUUUUACACGGUGAACGUGGCCCAGUUGUGGAAGCGCUCGUCGCACGCACCCUGCGCCUCGUUGAGUCCUCCCAGAGUAUGAUCCGUAUCGUAGGGCUGUCGGCUACUUUGCCGAAUUAUAUCGAUGUAGCUCAUUUUCUCCGCGUAAAUCCAAUGAAAGGGUUGUUCUAUUUCGAUUCACGCUUUCGUCCUGUGCCUUUGGACACAAAUUUCAUUGGUGUAAAAUCGGUAAAACCUCUGCAACAGCUUACGGAUAUGGACCAAAUUUGCUAUCAGAAAUGUUUGGAAAUGGUGAAAGAGGGCCAUCAAAUAAUGGUUUUCGUCCAUGCACGCAACGCUACUGUACGCACAGCCACUACUUUACGGGAAUUGGCGCAGCAAAACAAAACCAGUUCGUUCUUUUUACCCAAUGAAUCAUCGAAUGGCUACAGUUUGGCGCAACGUGCUAUACAAAAGAGUCGUAAUAAGCAACUCGUCGAGCUGUUUUCCUGCGGUUUGGGCAUACAUCAUGCAGGUAUGCUGCGCUCUGAUCGCCAGAUGGUCGAAAAAUAUUUCGGUGAAGGUCACAUUAAGGUGCUGGUGUGUACGGCGACAUUGGCAUGGGGCGUUAAUUUGCCCGCCCAUGCUGUUAUUAUUAAAGGCACUGAUAUAUACGACUCUAAACACGGCUCAUUCAUUGACCUUGGCAUUUUGGAUGUGUUGCAGAUUUUCGGUCGUGCUGGUCGGCCACAGUUCGAUAAGAAAGGUGUUGGCACCAUCAUCACCACCUACGAUAAGUUGAACCAUUACUUAUCACUUUUAACCAAUCAGUUUCCAAUUGAAUCGAACUUCGUGCAAUGUCUUGCCGAUAAUUUGAAUGCCGAAAUAACGCUGGGUACAAUUUCAAAUGUUGAAGAAGCUAUUGAAUGGCUAAGCUAUACGUAUCUCUUCGUUCGCAUGCGCAUUAAUCCACAUGUGUAUGGUAUCGAAUAUAGCGAACUACAAAAAGAUUCUAUGCUCGAUUCAAAAAGACGCAGUCUCAUUAUGACAGCCGCUUUGAGUUUAGAUAAAGCUCGCAUGAUACGUUUUAAUCAACGCACAAUGGACUUCAACAUUACUGAUUUGGGUCGAACAGCAUCUCAUUUUUAUAUAAAAUAUGACACAGUAGAGAUUUUCAACGAUCUAUUAAAACCUUUUAUGAAUGAGGCUGAAAUAUUUGCAAUGAUUUCACAAGCUCAGGAGUUUCAACAGCUCAAAGUACGUGAUGACGAACUAGAGGAAUUGGAUGAGCUGCGCACUUACUAUUGCAAGGUUAAAGCGGCCGGAGGCAGCGAGAAUCUCAGCGGCAAGGUCAACAUACUUAUGCAAACUUACCUCUCGCGCGGCUAUGUUAAGUCUUUCUCACUCGUUUCCGAUAUGGCUUACAUCGUUCAAAAUAUUGUAAGAAUUACGCGCGCGCUUUUCUCCAUAGUGCUGCGCAACAAUAACGCUAUAUUGGCAACACGCCUUCUGCAGAUAUGCAAAAUGUUCGAACGCCAGCAAUGGGAAUUUGAGACACCGUUACGUCAAUUUUCUGCUAUAAAUGCUGAAACUAUUGACAAACUAGAGCAGCGUGGCAUCAGUCUUUAUACGCUGCGCGAAAUGGAACAAAACGAAUUAAAGGAAAUGUUGCGCAAUCAGCGUAAUGCUGAGUUGGUCCUGCGCUCGGCGCGUGAAGUACCUAUGCUUGAUGUCGAAGCAACACUACAGCCAAUAACGAGAACUGUGCUGCGAAUAAAGAUUGAUAUUUGGGCGAAUUUCAAUUGGAAUGAUCGUGUUCACGGCAAAGUGAGUGAAAACUUUUGGCUCUGGAUAGAAGAUCCGGAAUCAAACUUCAUAUAUCACUCGGAACAAUUUCAGGCCACACGGAAGUUCGUCUACGGCGGUAAACCACAACAAUUGGUUAUGACGAUACCACUAAAGGAGCCCCUGCCACCACAAUAUUAUGUGCGUAUUGCCAGUGACAAUUGGCUUGGUAGCGCCACAUGGACCGCGCUUUCCUUUAAGCACCUCGUUUUGCCCGAACACCAUCCACCACUAACCGAGUUGUUACCGUUGCACCCGUUGCCCGUCUCUAGCUUAAAGAAUCCACAAUUCGAGUCACUAUACAAUUUUACGCACUUCAAUCCGAUUCAGACCCAGAUCUUCCAUUGUCUCUAUCACACAGACAACAAUGUGCUAUUAGGCGCACCAACUGGCUCCGGCAAAACCAUUGUUGCUGAAAUUGCCAUUUUUCGUGUCUUCAAUAAGUACCCUCGUGCUAAAAUAGUAUAUAUUGCGCCUUUAAAGGCAUUAGUCAAGGAGCGUAUAAACGACUGGAAGCGUCGUUUUGAGCAACCACCAUUGCGUUGGAAAGUUGUGGAGCUGACCGGUGAUACAACGCCCGAUAUACAGGCCAUUCGUGAAAGUCAAAUCAUUGUGACAACACCGGAGAAAUGGGAUGGUAUAAGUCGCUCGUGGCAAACGCGUGAAUACGUACAAGAUGUGAUAUUAAUUGUUAUCGAUGAGAUACAUUUGUUAGGUGAGGAUCGUGGGCCGGUCAUUGAGGUGAUUGUUUCGCGUACUAAUUUCAUCACCUCCCACACGGGACGUAGAAUACGUAUAGUAGGCCUGUCAACGGCAUUAGCCAAUGCGCAAGACUUGGCGAAUUGGCUGGGCAUAAAGAAGAUGGGCCUAUACAACUUCAAGCCGUCGGUGCGGCCGGUUCCACUGCAGGUGCACAUCAACGGACUUUCAGGUAAACACUAUUGUCCCCGCAUGGCCACUAUGAAUCGUCCAACCUUCCAGGCCAUACGUACAUACUCCCCUUGUGAACCGGCCAUUGUUUUCGUCUCAUCACGUCGACAGACACGUCUUACGGCACUGGAUUUAAUAACCUUCGUGGCCGGUGAUGAUAACCCAAAGCAAUUUUUGCAUUUGCCGGAGCAUCAAAUGCAUCAAAUACUACAACAAAUUAAAGACUCGAAUUUGAAAUUCUGUCUGGCAUUCGGCAUCGGCUUGCAUCAUGCUGGUUUACAGGAACAAGAUCGUAAAACAGUCGAAGAGUUAUUUUUCAAUCGAAAAAUUCAAGUACUCAUUGCAACUGCAACAUUGGCUUGGGGUGUUAAUUUGCCUGCACAUUUAGUUGUUAUUAAGGGAACUGAAUAUUUUGACGCCAAAGUGAAGAAAUACGUCGACAUGCCCAUCACGGAUGUGUUGCAAAUGAUGGGUCGCGCAGGUCGACCGCAAUUCGAUAACGAAGGUGUUGCUGUUGUGCUGGUGCACGAUGAAAAAAAGAAUUUCUAUAAAAAAUUCCUUUACGAUCCAUUCCCCGUUGAAUCGAGCCUUUUGGGUGUCCUAUCGGAACAUGUAAAUGCGGAAAUCGUUUCUGGCACCGUACAAACCAAGCAAGCCGCACUUGACUACCUGACGUAUACCUACUUCUUCCGACGUCUCUUGCGCAAUCCAACUUAUUAUAAUUUGGACGGUUUACAGCCAGAACAGCUGAACUUAUUCCUUUCGUCGUUGAUUGAACGUGUCGUUUAUGAAUUGGAAUCGGCCGCUUGUGUUCUGCAAAACGAAAAUAUGCUUAUACCGACAUUCCUGGGUCGCAUUGCAUCCUUCUAUUAUUUAUCUCAUCGCACAAUGAAACAUUUCUUAGAUGAUUUAACCGAAGGCAUGAGCACGAGCGAAGUGCUAGUCGCCAUAGCGGACUCGUACGAAUUUGAUCAGCAGCCAGUACGCCACAAUGAGGAUAAAUACAAUGAGGAAUUAGCAGAUUCAUGCCGCUACCGUCCACCUGCUCCUACAUGGGAUUCGCCAUAUACGAAAACAUUCUUGUUGCUGCAAGCUCAUUUCUCACGGCUCUCACUGCCGAAUUCGGAUUUCCUAACCGAUACGAAGUCGGCGUUAGACAAUGCUACUCGAGUCAUGCAAGCAAUGGUCGAUUACACAGCAGAGCGUGGUUGGCUUAGCACAACACUUCGAUUGCAACAACUUAUGCAAAGUGUUAUACAAGCCCGUUGGUUUGAUGAAUCAGAAUUCUUAACACUGCCAAAUGUGACUGCUGCUAAUGUGAGCGUAUUCUAUAAUAUAGAACACAGUUACUCAUAUCUUACUUUACCUGCAUUGAAAGAGUUGUGUAGGCAGGAUUACGAACGCCUCGCUGGUCCAUUAAGAGACGUAUUUGAGGAACAAGAAAUCGAACAAAUUUAUAAGGUUGUUCAAGCUAUACCCGAGAUAAGUGUACAAAUCUCUAUACAAGGCAAAUAUUUUGAGAACAUGGAAGCAAUGCGUGUAAUAUCUACGACACCAACGACAGAUAACUGGACCGAAAUACAUCCAAAUGAGGACUAUGUGCUCGUUAUUGAAAUGAAACGUUUAAAUUGGAAUUUGCGAGAACAACGAUCACAGCAUAGCAAUCCCAUAGGUGUACACUGCCCGAAAUAUCCUAAAGGAAAGAGUGAAGCUUGGUUCCUGACACUCGGUUCUCAAGCGAACUCCGAAUUGCUCGCUAUGAAGCGUGUUAGUGUGCGUGGUCAACGUGCCACUAAUCGUAUUUGCUUCCAAUCGACACCUCGCCGUGGUCGCGUUAUACUAACGCUAUAUCUGAUCUCUGAUUGUCUUAUCGGUGUGGAUCAGCAAUUUGACUUGCAAUUUGAUGUGGUUGAUGUAAAGACUUAAACAUGAGAUAUCGUACUUAGCUUUCUCAUACAUAUAUACCAUUUCUGGCAGAUAUUCCGAAUACUGGAACGAAUGUAGCUUAGAAUAAUGAGAUUAGUUCUUUUGCUUACAAUACAAAUGUGGUCACUGCAAGUAAAUGCAAGCUAAAUCCUUCCAAUGCGCACAUUUAUAUACAUACAUACAUAUGUAUUUCUAAAUACGCAUAAGUCUAAUAUAAUAACUUUAGCAAGUAAAAUUGUUUGUAAUCAAAAAAGUAUACUUAUAUGUAUAUAGGUACGACUCAUUUAUAUUAUCAGUACUAGAUACAUGUGUAUUUCAAU